UUAUUCAAAAUAAAACGGAAAUUUAUGAAAAAAAACGCAUUUUAUCAGAAGAACACUUUUACUUUCUUUUCUGUCACUGACAGAUCAGAUUUUGCCACACCCAAAAUGGCGUCUUUCAAGAGGUCGCAACCGGGAAGUAGUGUUGCAUGAAAAUAUGUCCCCCUCUGACCAGUGACAAUUCUUAACGUUCCGGUCAUCGUACAUCUGUUUUUAUUGGUGAUCAAUCCGAGCAGAGCACCGCAGUGCUGCUACAGUCAACCUCAGUAACAGUCCUCGAGUUCAGGCACUAAUGACAGUGUCAACAUACUGAGCCUAAUCAUGGAGGAAGCAGUGCCUUUUAGCAUCGUGUCCACCGUCAAAGCGCUGAGCGGUGCGUUGCGGGGAGACGCUGAAAAUGAAGCCGAAAUCAGCCGCGAGCGAGAGAAGCUCUGGUUCAAGGAGAGCAGCGCCAAAAACCUGAGAAAUCGCGACUUUUUGUCACCUAACACGGUUCUGACGACGUUGUACGCGGGUGGAGAGGUCCCCUCUGAUGUUGUCAGUGGUAUUCGCUCUCUUCGUGGCAGCGGUGUUUUGCCGAUAGGAGCAACUGAGGUGACAGCAGAAGGGCUGCGCGUGUGUGUGGAUCGCUGCACAGCAUUCAGACAUGUUUUAUGUGAAAUACAGCCAUAUCUGAGACCUGCUGCUCAGAGACAGGGCUGUGUCCUCAUCAACUGCCCUGCCCUCCACACCAAACAAGCCGUGCCGUCUCCCGAUACACUAGCUCUGGGGCAGCUACGAACCAUUCUCAUUGCUGACCACCUCGGGGCACAGCUCAGAAGACAAGGGUACACUGUGUCCUUUUGUCCAGCCUUGCCGCAGGAGAGUGACAUUGUCAACUUCCUGAAAACACUAGGCAUUGAUUGGCCGACAGUCCCUGUCAGCUGGACCAAUGAGGACAGGGAGGAGAAGAUGAAAAAAGCUUUAGAGAACUCAACCUACAGAGACAGAGAAAUGGAGAGGGGAAAGAGGAGAAGCAGAGGAGAGGAAAUAGAGGGAGAGAAAAGAGGGAUAAAAGAGGAAGUUAGGAUAAACCUUAAACAAGUGGUACAGGACGAGAACCUUCAGGGUUAUGAUCCCAGUCUUGGCACUUGCACAGUGCAGAAAGAAGCUUUGUGUCAUCUGGCCCAGUUGGACAGCGCAACCGCAGAUUUCCCUGUCUGUACGGCAAUAGCCCUGCAUGUCACUUCCUGUCAGGAUGAGUUUCGUCAGCAGCAAACAGCCAUGCUGUGGAGAGCAACGGGUGCAACGGCAGUGCAGAGAUUAGUGAUUUGUGGUCCUGUUAAAACUCCUGGCGUUCAAAUGAAUGCAGCUCAGUAUCUUCAGUUAAGAAAAGCUCAGAUGAAAGAGGCCUCAGAAAUGAAGUAUGGAGACCAAGUUGAAGGUCAGACAUGGGAUGACAUCAUUAGAGUCAUGACCUCGGCCACCGUGAGGUUUGAACUGCUGUCCACGGUGCACACAAGUCCGGUGACCUUAGAUGUGCAGCGGGACAGUGGUGUGUCCACAAAGGGCCCCAGGGGUGGAGUCUUUGUCAUGUAUAACUGCGCUCGUCUUCACACACUCUUCAGCAGCUACGAGAAAGGGGUGGAGCAAGGUCUUUAUCCAGAAAUCCCUGGAGGCACAGAGCUGGACUUUACUGCCCUGAAAGAGGAGGGGGAGUGGCUUCUUCUCUUCAAUUACCUCAUUCCAUUCUCUGAGCUGCUUGACCAAUCAGGACAGAUCCUGGAGCAUGAAGGGGGUGGAGCCAGAGUUAAUUUAAGAACAGAACAGGUGUGCAGAUUCUUGGUGUCUCUCAGUAAAGAUUUUAGUUCCUACUACAACAGAGUUCACGUACUUGGGGGCUUGUUAGGCUGUCAGUCAUCACUUCUGGGCAUCUCUUCCUUGAAGACAAAAGAGGGAGGAGAGAUGAAAAAGGGCAGAGAGAGAAGAAAAGGAGACUAGUACGUGAAAGGAGUUCAAAGGAUGAAGGAGAGUACGCAGUGUAAUCGCUACAAGCAAAACUGCUGUUUUUUCAAGAGGUGUGUGUGAGAGCGAGAUGAAUGAAUGAGGUCAGAAGUGCCCAUGGGAAUUGAAUGAUUUUUGUAGUUGUCAAGGAUAGGAGGAGAGAGAGGGAGAAAAAGGUGGGUGGAGGAGGGGUGGAGAUGAUAGAGGAGAAUGAUAUUGAUGUAUGUUGUUCUUGUUGACUGGUGUGGAGCCCUAGACAGGAAAUAACAGUGUGAAGUGGGUGUGGUUUGUGGAGUGCUGGGAAAUGACACAUGGAGAUAGAUUGUUACUAUAUCUGUGAGUGUCGCUCUAGUAGAGAAAAUUCUUUUGUAACAGUGGCCCCUUAUUUGCAGCUUUAGCUAGACUGGGUUUUGUUUUUUACUUCGAGCAAAUGCAGGGUCCAAAAUGAACACUCAACAAGCACCAGAUAGAAGUAAAAAUGGGCUUUUGUGAGUAUCUAAAAUAGAGGAUCUCGCCAGUUGGCUAGUAACUUUAUUAUUAGUUCCUAAUCCAUUUUAAUCCCUGUUCUCUUUCAGUCUGAGCUCAACUAACAGGCUUCCAGGAAAUCUGAAUUCAGUUCAAACAUUCUGUUCACACCCGAACAGGAUUAGGUCUGAUUUAUUUCAGGGUCGAGUCGAUUCAUGCCCUUCAGCUGCUGACUGAAGCGUGUUCAAAACGGCUUACAUUGAAUUCUACUAAUUAUUCUCUGAACCUUGCUGAUGUAAACUCAAAUCAAAGACUCACAUGUCUUUAAAUGACUUUUACCUCAAUGGAAAAUUUAACUGAGAGACAAUGACCCUCUUGUCUUGUAUAUGAUACAGCAAGUGACACAGUGACCUGCACUAAAUGAUUCCACUGUAAUACAGUACAAUAUGCACUAGAAAUUCCAUUUCAAAUAAAUGCUGUUCUUUUUAACUUUCUUUUCAUCAAAUUAUCCUGAAAAAAGUAUCACAAUUUC